AUGAAGAGAGUUUCAUUCAUCAAGGACGACCAAAUAUUUACCUCCGGAGCUGCACGAAAUCACCACCGAAUCCGACUCGGAUUGCGACUGGGACGAUUCGGAAGAAGACCCCGAUUUCCACUUGCUCGAAGAAACUCAGCAAGUUCUCAAACCUCUCACUUAAGCACAAGGCAAAAGCGGGUGGGACGGUUAGAGAAAUUGAAAGUGGAUGAAUGCAAGUUGUAUCCGAGGAAGAAUGGUCUUAGGCUAACUGGAAACAAGGACACACUUAUACAACGCAUAAAGAAGCAUUUAGAGAUUUUAAAUGGAGGGGUGAAGAAGUAUCCACCUUCAAGCUUUGUGUUGAAUUGUAAAGAAUUGGAUUUCCCAGCAAGUGGUCCACCUUGUGGCAAAAGGAUUGGUGCAGGCCACAUAGUGCAAGAAAGUUAUGGUGCUACUAAACAACAGCAUACAUUUCCGAUAUGGGAGGAUGAAUCACAAAGGCAGAAAAUAUUGAUGGAAAAACACUCAAGGGGAUCUCUUGCUAGGGAAGAUAGAGAAGCAAGGAUACAAGAAAAGGAGAAGAGGAAAAAAACUAAGGAAAAUAGGAUCUCAAAAAAGGAUUCAGUAAGGAACCAAAGUCAUUCACAAAUUACAAGGCCACAAUAUCAACCUCAAAAAACAAAUGUGCCCAUUAAUCCAGAAAAGCCAGAAUUUCCAUCUCAAAUUCAGGUUUAUCUGCCAACAUAAAGGAAAGAAACAUUCCUCUAUUGUAAAUAAACCAGCAGCUGUAACUGGACGACAUGGUGAUUCUAAAACUUUAGGAAGAGCAUCAUUUACUGUUCACAAUAUGCAUAAUCAGCAAGCUUGGAACCGCACAGGUGACUGUAGGAAUAUUUCUGAUAUUGGUCAUAUGAGGAGGGGAGCUGAUCUUAGUGUAUGCUACAACUAUGCUGACCCCCAUUUCAGAGAUAAACCAACUAUUAUUCAGAAAUACCACCCUUUCAUGGAUGAGACAAGUGGAUUUACAGUGGGGACUCAUCUUCAUCAUAGGAUGCCUUUGGCAAAUGCAAACCACUCUCAACCGGUGAUGCCAAAUAGAGAAAGCUAUAAUAAGCAAAAGCAAGUGUGUAGACAUUAUGCCCGUGGGAAGUGCUAUUUUGGGGACAACUGCAAAUUCUUGCAUGAUUUGAGAGACAAAAGAGAAUGCGUGAAUUUAAAAAUUUUGUUGUGGCAUGUUUUCAUUCAUGUUGUGGAAUUAAAAAGGCUUGGGGUUUUUGGUUUGCCUGAUAUACAAGACUUUGUGAUGUUUCCCUCUCUAAGUCCCUUCUCUGUAAUUCCCAAUGGUUUAUGUAGAACCUAUAAUCUUGCAAUCAUAUUAAUUUUCUA